AUGUCCAAUGACAUUAAGGACCUAAUUAAAGGUUGCACAUCAUGUAUAAAACAUCAACCAAGUCAACAAAAAUUUACUAUGCAAAGUCACAAAAUACCUGAAUAUCCAUUCCAAAUAAUAUCUAUGGAUGUUUUCUUCUUCAAUGAAAAUGGAAAACAGUCAAAAUAUUUAAUAACGGUUGAUCACUACUCGGAUUUUUUUGAAAUUGAUAAGAUUAAAGAUUUAUCAUCUAAACCAGUAAUAGAAGCCUGUAAAAGAAAUUUUUCACAUCACGGUGUGCCAGAAAUAGUAAUUACGGAUGGUGGAACUAAUUUCAUCUUUCAAGAAUUUUCAGCUUUUAGUAAAAAAUGGAAUUUUAUACAAGUAACAUCUUCUCCCCAUCACCCUCAAGGAAAUGGUAAAGCUGAAGCAACAGUGAAAAUAGCAAAAAAACUGCUAUUGAAAGCUACAGAAAGCGGAGAAGAUUUCUGGUCAAGUCUACAUUGCUUAAGAAAUACUCCUAACAAAAUAAACUCUAGUCCUGUACAAAAAUUAUUUUCACGUAGAACAAGAGGUUUUUCACUAGUUAUUAAAGAUUUGCUAAAACCAAAUGUAAUCAAAAAUGUAGCAGAAACUAUUAAGAGUAACAAGGAAAUGAUCAAAUACUCUCAUGAUAAAAAAGCAAAAAAAGCAACUACAUUAGAAAUAGGACAACCCGUAGUAGUUCAGAUUCAACCAUCUUCAAAUAAAUCUUGGACUCCAGGAAUAAUUGAUUAA